CGCCAAUUAUAAACUGAGAAAGAAAGAGCUUUUAUUCACUAAUGGCGGAUGAGAAGAGCUACAAGUACGUGAUCGUUGGAGGAGGUGUCGCCGGCGGCUACGCGGCGAGAGAGUUCACAAACCAGGGCCUGAAGCCUGGUGAACUCGCGAUCAUUUCCAAGGAACCAGUGCCUCCUUUUGAGCGUCCUGAACUAAGCAAAGUAUAUAUUGACUCUGGUGCCAACCCUACACUUGCAAAACACUAUGUAUGUGCUGGAACUGGAGGAGAGAGGCAGUACCCUAAAUGGUACAAAGAUAAAGGGAUUGAUCUGAUUCUGAGCACAGAGAUAGUUAAAGCAGAUCUUGCUUCUAAGACACUUGUUAGUGAUGAUGGACAAAUAUUCAAGUAUCAAACCUUGUUAAUUGCAACCGGUUCUACUUUUGUAAGAUUGUCAGAAUUUGGCAUCCAAGAAGCAGAUAUAAAGAACAUAUUCUACCUAAGGGAAAUAGAGGACAGUGAUGAGCUUGCCUUGGCUAUGGAAAUAUAUAAAAAAGGAGGAAAAACUGUGGUUAUCGGUGGCGGUUACUUAGGGCUUGAGCUCAGUGCUGCUCUUAGGGCUAAUAAUCAUGAAGUCACCAUGAUUUUUCCAGAACCUUGGAUUAUGCACCAGCUUUUCACCGCAGAGAUGGCUUCAUUCUAUGAGGGUUACUAUGCCAACAAGGGAAUCAAAAUCAUCAAAGGAACUCUAGCCACUGGAUUUAACACCAAUUCAAACGGAGAAGUCACUGAAGUUAAACUAGACGAUGGAAGAAUCUUAGAAGCUGGCAUGGUUGUGGUUGGUGUGGGUGGUAGACCAGUGACAUCACUUUUCAAAGGUCAAGUUGUUGAGGAGAAGGGUGGAAUAAAGACUGAUGCAUUAUUCAAAACAAGUGUCCCGAAUGUAUACGCUCUUGGAGAUGUAGCUACCUUCCCCAUGAAAAUCUAUGGCGAGAUGAGACGUGUUGAACACGCCGACCAUGCUCGCAAAUCUGCUGUACAUGCCGUUAAGGCAAUUAAAGCGGUUGAAGAAGGUAGAACGGUCCCAGAUUAUGACUAUCUUCCUUAUUUCUACUCUCGGUUUUUUGAUCUCUCGUGGGAGUUCUAUGGGGACAACGUUGGAGAGACUAUAUUGUUCGGAGACAAUGACCCGAAAAAUUCAAAGCCGAAGUUUGGGACGUAUUGGGUUAAAGAUGGGAGAGUAGUUGGAGUGUUUCUAGAAGGAGGAACUUCAGAGGAGAACAAGGCCAUUGCUAACGUGGCACGAGCACAACCUAGCGUUGAGAGUCUUGACGUGUUAUCCAAGGAAGGUCUUUCUUUUGCCACCAAUUUAUAUAGCAACACUCUUUGAGACAUUUGGGUUUUUGUUUGGUAUUAGUUACAUGAUGUGAUGUAAUGUAAUAGAAUCUCCUUUGUCUUUGAUUUUUAUAUCGAGCCCUUCUAUAUCUGGGAAAUAAUUUGUUGGAUUAAAAUUUUGUUUAAAAUUUUAAUAACGCCCUGGAUUAAAAUUUGAAUUUAUAA